AUGCAAAUUGAUGAAAAUGGGAAAGAAUGUUACAAGUGCAAAGGGUGUGGUAGAGAUUGGGCAAAAAAUGCAACUUGGUUACAGGAACAUUUGAAUACUUGCACUUUGCAAAACUUAAAUGAAACUUCUAAUUCUAAUAAAAAGCAAAAAUACAUAUUAGAUAAUUUAAAGCAAGAAAAGCAAAUAGAAUUGGAAUCUUUACUUGCCCAUGCCUUUUUUACAUCAGGAAUUGCAUUUAAUACAAUUGAAAAUCUAGAGUUUUGUGCUUUUCUUAGUAAGGCUUGUCCUUCUUUUAGAAUUCUAUUAUGCCAAACUCUUUUAAGUUUAUUUCUUAACAAGAACAUGCUAAUUUGCAAAUGGUUGUUUGAAAUAUUUUUGAGAAUGCAUAUUAUCAUUGCUUAG